AUGGCUACAGUCUUUGCCGCAUCAACACCUUCACCUCCCCCUACCAUCCAUACACCGCCAACACCCAAACACGGCUGGAGCGAUAACUGGGAGCCUUAUUCUCCUCGCAAAUCGGCACGUAUUUCAUCUCGUCGAGCUGCAAACCGAACUCCUUCUCCGCAACCACCAACCCACCGCACUCCUCCACGAUCAACUCGCAAACCCAUCGCACCUUCUGCCGCUGCAGCCAUCGUGUCGCCUGCGGCUACACCUCAGAAGAAGCGCCAACCUGCGCAAGAUUCCGUGCGACGAUCUUCUGGUUUCUUGACCUCCGAGAGCUCAUCGCACGCUGCGUCGUCGCUUGGAAUCGAUAAGAUGGACCGUCAAUCGAGCCACACCGCUUCGACUCGUCGCACCGGUAUGCUACCCACGCCAGCCAAGACGCCUAAGAAGGUACCUUCCGAGAAGCAGACUGCGCAGAUCAAAUCGGUCGCGCGCAACCUAUUCGCCAACGACGAUGAGGCAGCGGCCGUACCCAAGAGAAAGCGAACGCCGAAGAAGUAUUCCGGCAAUUCGUUGGAGAGCUUCACCGCCACCGAAGUAGAAGAAAAGAUCGAGAUCUUCACCGAUUCGCAAGACCGCGUUCCUGUGCCCGACUCCAGCGUGGACAACCCGUUUUAUGGCGAUAGCGUUGCCGUCGACCGAGAGCCCCCGCGUCGUCGCAGCAAGCGCAAGGUCGCGAUUCCGGGAGAAGCUGCGCAAGGCGUCGACGAUGCACUUCAGCGCGAGGACGGCAUGGUUUAUGUUUUCCGAGGAAAGAAGAUAUUCCGCAAGUUCGCUGAGCCCGAAGAUGAAGACGACGAAGAGGGCAGCUCAAGCGAAUCUCGCCUUCGAAGGCCACUAACGCGUUCUGCCAUGAAGCCGCGCCUACUUUUCCCUGUCGCGCCCAAGGCGCCUGCUACGGGCACCACUCUCGAGGAAGAGGAAGCCAUUACCGACAUCGAAGACCAUCACCUCGAGGAGGAUCCCGAGGUUGAGGCGACGCCAGGGACCCCGGUCGAGGUCGAGGAAGAGGCCCCAUCGACCCCCAAGGCACCCAAAUUUGGUCAGACAGUCGCCACUCCGCCGGACACUAGGCGCACCACUCGCUCUGGGCUGAAGAAAGAAGAAGCGACACCGAUUAAACGCAAGAGUCGCCAGAGUCCAUUCGACGACUGGCCGCGUGUCAAGAGCCGCCAGGGGAGCACUGUCACGAAGCGCGCGGGCGACGAGCUCGAAGCCUCUGCUCCUAAGCGAGCUCGUACUUGA